ACUAGCCAUGCAGAGCGCAUUCUGCCCCCCCUGCCCUCCUCGUGUCAAGCUGAGAUUAUUAUUCCUGUAAUUUUGGGUUCACGGCCAUGUUCGUCGUGCCAUUUUAGAUAAAGUUUAUCGUUUGACAGGACAGCACGGUACUCAGGGGUGAUUCGAAUCUUGGGCAGGACAUUUAGGUUCAUCUUUCCGGAGCAGCCAACUGCAGCGGUCGACACUCAUUCAUUCAUUCAUUUUAUUUUUCGCGAUGGAUUUUAAUCACAAGCUGUUGGUUGAGUCUUGGGUUCUGUGGGUGUUGGGUCUCUUUGUCGUUGUGUGUCGACUGAUAUCACGACGCAUGAAACUUAGAAAAUGGAGCCGUCUCGCCAUUGAGGAUUAUCUCAUGGUCUUUGCCCUCAUCAACUUUACAGGAGUCGUCGUCUCGAUCAACGAAGUCUCCAAGAAUGGCAGUAACUACAUGCCCGCCGAUGUCGCCGCAAAGCUCACCCCCGAGGGAAGACAACAAGCCAUUGUCGGCAGUAAAAUGACCUUUGUCCUCGAGAUAUUCGCCCUCACUUGUACAUGGACCAUCAAAGCAUGCCUAUUAUUUCUCUACGCGAGAUUGACGCAGGGCACAUCGAUAAGACAGAAAUGGGCGGUGCGAUUCGUCUCUGCGUUUUGCGCGGUGACGUACGUCGUUGUUACUUUUAUGUUUGUGUUCUUUUGGUGCUCGCCUACGCCGGAGUACUGGGCUGUUCCUGUUAAUCCCAAGAAAAUGCAAUGUGCGACGUACUACAACCAUAUGAUCUUUGCGACGGCUUGUAAUAUCGCCAGCGACAUCAUGUUGAUCUUAUUACCGAUUCCGAUUGUUAUCAACAUCAGUCUUCCCAAGAAGCGCAAGAUUGGUUUGUGCUGUGUUUUUGGCUUGGGUUUGUUCAAUAUCCUCGCCGCCAUCCUCAAUCGUUACUACAACUUCAGCAACCCCAAUUCCUACGUCUUUCUCUACUGGUACGUCGCAGAAGGCGGCGUCGCCCUCUGGGUCGGAAAUCUCCCUCUCUGCUGGCCCGUUCUGCGUCUCGCCCUCGGCUCCAAAGGCGAUUCCACGGACCCCUCCUCAUACCCCAACACUCCCUACCGCAAUGGUUCAUACCCCGAAGGUUCAGCACGACGGAGGACUCAAGGUCUUCACCCGCUGUCAGGCAAACCUUCAAUCUGGUCUAAGCUGGAGGAUGAGGAUGGCGUCCGCACAGACGUCUCGCCCGAGCAGGGGAGCCAGAUUGAGCUGGUGGACCAGCAUGGACCGGAUCUGCUGGAGCAGCCGUACCGCGCUGAAGCGAAGAUUAGUAGUGGGAAGCAGCAGCAUGAGAGGGCUCGCAGUGGGCAGAUUACAGUGGUUACAAGCGUGGAGGUUAGCACCAAGCAGACAUAGUUAGACCAUUUCACCGAUAGUGUAUUACUUAGACUAGCAUGAAAUAUUUACAAUGACUUUGCUUUUGUUAUGAACAUGUU